UGGAACAGCUGCAUAAAAAGGCUGCAGAGACCCCUUGGAAGCCAUUCCAUGCUCCAGAGCUUUCCAGCAAGACUCCUGAACUAAUCCUGCCUGCUUCAAUCACUCAUAAUAAUGUCCUUUUCCAGCCAUAGCUACGUUACCUCCAGCAGCAACAGGAUCCCCUCCAUGGGCUCCCAACGCAUUUCCAUGUCCGGCAUGUCCAGGCUGGGCUCUGCCAGGGCCCCCAGCGUCUAUGGUGGUGCUGGAGGCAUUGGAACCCGCAUCUCCAGCUCCUCAGCCUCCAUGUCCAUGGCCAGCGCUGGCUCAGGCUCAGGUUUGGGUGGGGGCUUCCAGCUGUCAGAUGCUUUGGACGGAGGCGUCCCUCUCGAUGGCAAGCAGACCAUGAUAAAUCUCAAUGACCGCCUGGCCAUCUACCUGGAGAAGGUGCACAACCUGGAGCAGGCCAACGGAGAGCUGGAAGUGAAGAUCCGGCAGUUCCUGACACAGCAGUCCCCAGUCCACCGGGACGUGAGUGGCUACGAAGCCACCAUCGCCGAUCUGCAAGCCAAGAUCCAGGAUGCUACCCGGGUGAACGCUGGUAUCUACCUGAGCAUUGACAACGCCAAGCUGGCAGCUGAUGAUUUCAGAGUCAAGUAUGAGAAUGAGCUGGCUAUGAGGACUUCUGUUGAGUCUGAUAUCCACGGUCUGAGAAAGGUCCUGGACGAGCUGACUCUGGCCAGAUCCAACCUGGAGAUGGAGAUCGAGGGGCUGAAGGAGGAGCUGAUCUACCUCAGGAAGAACCACGAGGAGGAGCUCAACAGCAUGCGUUCUCAGUUGACCGGACAAGUCAACGUUGAGGUGGACGCCGCCCCACAGCAGGACCUGGCAAGGGUAAUGGCUGAAAUCAGAGAGCAGUACGAAGCCAUGGCUGCCAAAAACCAGAGAGAAGUAGAGGCCUGGUACCAAACCAAGGCCGAGACCCUGACUAAGGAGAUAACAACCAAUACAGAGAACCUUCAGACCAGCAAGAGCGAGGUGACAGAGCUGAGACGCUCAGUCCAAGGCUUGGAGAUUGAGCUGCAGUCCCUGCUGAGCAUGAAACAGUCUCUGGAGGCGACCAUCGCGGACACCGAGGCUCGCUACAGCUUUCAGCUGCAAAGCUUGCAGUCGAGGGUCAGCAGCCUGGAGGGGGAGCUGAUGCAGUUGAGGCUAAACAUAGAACACCAGUCCCAGGAAUACAAGAUGCUGCUGGACAUCAAGACCCGUCUGGAGAUGGAGAUCGCGGAAUACAGGCGCCUGCUGGACGGAGAGGAUAGCCACAGCAACAGCAUCCAGACCUCCUCCGGAUCCACGACCAACACCACCAGGAAAGUGGUGACCAUCGUGGAAGAGAUGGUCGAUGGGAAGGUUGUGAGCUCCUCAUCUCAGGAGUUGAAGCAGAAAUUGUGAGAGACUCCCGAGAAAUAAAGACAUGCAACCUAACAAAAGACCUCAUUAAAAAAAAAAAAAUUCACAGAUGACUGAGGUUUAAUAAAAUACAUUUGUUGCAAGCUA